AUGACGACAGCGAAUGCCCCGCUCUCCUCCUCCUCCCCAGGAAAUUGCACCGUAGAUGACACUGAUGCUCCAAACGCCGCCUUUCAUACCAAGCUAUUCAUUAACAACAAGCCUCAGUACACCUCUGCCAAAUCAGGCCAGUAUUGGACGGUUCGAAACCCCACCGAUAACUCUAUUGUUACAGAAGACGUCCACUGUGCUGGGGAAGAGGACGUCAACGAUGCAGUGGCAUCUUCCAAAUCUGCGUUCGAGGGAAGUUGGGGCAAGAUGGCCAGCAGCGAGCGUCAAAAGAUCAUGCUGAAACUUGCCGAUCUGCUUGAUUUGGAAUAUCUUGCCCUAAUGAAGCUCGAAAGCAUUGCAAUGGGACAGCCAACUGCCUUUGGCGCUCGACUUGGCGCACUCUUGGGACCCAUUGUCCGGUAUUACGCCGGAUGGUGCGACAAGCUUCCUGGAGAGAUGCAACCAGAGGAUGGCGAUGGACGUUUCAAACUGGUGCGCUACCAACCCCUGGGUGUCUGCGCUGGUAUUGCCGCAUGGAAUGCCACCCUGGUUUUCCUCUGCAUGAAGACCAUGCCCGCUAUUGCAGCUGGAAACACGGUCCUUGGCCUUUGGGGAACUAGUAAAGAAAGCUGGUUUCCCCCCGGCGUCAUCAACAUCAUAUCCGGCCCUGGGUCGACAGGGGAGCUACUCGCAUCUCAUAUGGGCAUAAAAAAGAUCAGUUACACUGGUUCUGUGAAAGCAGGACGAAAAGUCCAGGUCUCCGCGACGAACAGUAACCUUAAGCGCGUUACCCUCGAACUCGGGGGUAAAUCACCCUCAAUCAUCUUUUCUGAUGCGAACCUUGAGAACGCGCUUGAGAAUUCCUCACAGAACUUUCUGCUCAACUCCGGCCAGGUCUGCGUUGCUGCGACAAGAGUCAUCAUUCAUCAAGAUAUCGCCGAAAAGUUCGCGACAGGGUUAAAGGCUCGCUUCGAGAUGUUCAAGAAUACCAUGGGCGACCCUUUGGCGAAAGAGACGUUUCUUGGACCGCUGGCUGAUAAAGCGCAAACAGAGCGCGUCCAGGCCUUUUUUGAGCAAAGCAAGAAAGAUGGAGUCGAAUUUCUUACGGGUGGCGAAAUUAAUGGUAAUUUCGUUGAACCAACAAUAAUGAAGAGCCCUCCGCUUGAAUCCUCUGUCUGGAAGGAAGAGAUUUUCGGUCCAGCGUUGGGAAUCCAAACCUUCAGAUCUGAAGAUGAAGCUGUUCGACUUGCAAACGAUACCAACUAUGGUUUAUCUGCCUGUGUCUACACGAGCGAUAUUGCUCGUGCAUUGAGAGUAUCAGGGCGACUUGAGUCUGGAACUGUGGCGAUCAAUUCCAAUUUUUUCCCGACAGUCACUGUUCCCUUUGGAGGUUGGAAAGAAAGCGGGAAUGGAGGUCGUGAGGGCGGUUAUGCGGCUGUUAAAAGUUAUCUGGAAUCCAAAACCAUCACUGUGAAUAUGGACGUUGGACCUAGAUAA